AUGUCCUUCCCCCAGCUCGGAUACCAGUAUAUCCGCCCGCUCUACCCACCCGAGCGCCCGGGGGCCGCCGGCGGCGGCGGCGGCAGCGCGGGGGCCCGGGGCGGCCCGGGAGCCGGAGCCUCGGAGCUGGCCGCCUCGGGGUCCCUGUCCAACGUGCUCUCCUCCGUGUACGGGGCGCCCUAUGCCGCGGCCGCAGCGGCCGCCGCCGCCGCCCAAGGCUACGGUGCCUUUCUGCCCUACGCCGCCGAGCUGCCCAUCUUCCCGCAGCUGGGCGCGCAGUACGAGCUGAAAGACAGCCCGGGGGUGCAGCAUCCGGCCGCGGCCGCCGCGUUUCCGCACCCGCACCCCGCCUUCUACCCGUAUGGCCAGUACCAGUUCGGGGACCCGUCCCGUCCCAAGAACGCCACCCGGGAGAGCACCAGCACGCUCAAGGCCUGGCUGAACGAGCACCGCAAGAACCCCUACCCCACCAAGGGCGAGAAGAUCAUGCUGGCCAUCAUCACCAAGAUGACCCUCACCCAGGUGUCCACCUGGUUCGCCAACGCGCGCCGGCGCCUCAAGAAGGAGAACAAGAUGACUUGGGCGCCCCGCAGCCGCACCGACGAGGAGGGCAAUGCUUAUGGCAGCGAGCGCGAGGAGGAAGACGAGGAGGAGGACGAAGAAGACAGCAAGCGCGAGCUGGAGCUGGAGGAGGAGGAGCUCGUGGGGGAGGAGGAGGACACGGGGGGCGAGGGCCUGGCGGACGACGACGAGGACGAGGAGAUCGACCUGGAGAACUUAGACGGCGCGGCCGUGGGGCCUGAGCUCGCCUUGGCCGGGGCGGCGCACCGGGACGGCGACCUCGGCCUGAGACCCAUCGCAGACUCCAAGAAUAGCGACUCGGACGACAGCUCGGAGGGCCUGGAGGAGCGUCCGCCGCCGGUGUUGAGUCUGGCCCCAGCGCCACCGCCGGUGGCCGCGGUGCCGCCGUCCCCGCCCUCGCCUCCCGCGGGCCUGGACCCCUGCGCUCCCGCGCCGGCGCCCGCCUCGGCCCUGCAGAAGCCCAAGAUCUGGUCCCUGGCCGAGACGGCCACGAGCCCGGACAACCCGCGCCGCUCGCCCCCGGGCGCUGGGGGUUCCCCCCCCGGGGCAGCCGUCGCGCCCCCAGCCCUGCAGCUCUCGCCCGCCGCCGCGGCCGCCGCGGCUCACAGACUCGUCUCGGCGCCGCUGAGCAAGUUCCCCGCUUGGACCAACCGGCCGUUCCCAGGCCCGCCGCCGGGCCCACGCCCGCACCCGCUCUCCCUGCUCGGCUCGGCCCCUCCACACCUGCUGGGACUUCCCGGAGCCGCGGGCCACCCGGCCGCGGCCGCUGCUGCCUUCGCUCGGCCUGCGGAGCCCGAGGGCGGAGCAGAUCGCUGUAGUGCCUUGGAAGUGGAGAAAAAGUUACUCAAGACAGCUUUCCAGCCGGUGCCCAGGCGGCCCCAGAACCACCUGGAUGCCGCCCUGGUCCUAUCGGCUCUCUCCUCGUCCUAGUACUUAUUUUUAAAAAUUUUAAAUCGUUGUAAUAAUUGUAAAAAAAAAAUCGCUCUGUAUAGUUAUGACUUGUAAGCAUGUCCGUGUAUGAAUACCUUAAAAAGAAAACUAAACAAAAAAGAAAAAAAAAUAAAACAAGUCCCCCUGAGUCCUCCCCAAGUGGCUUCUGUACCCCACAUUAGCAGAGUCUGUGAGGGUUUUUGGUUUGUUUUUGUUUUUGUUUUUGUUUUGGUUCGGUUGAUUUUGGGGGGUGGAGUCUCCGUGAGAAUAACCGUGUCUGACUUUUUUUGUAUAUACAGAAAAAUGUACAUAUGUGUGAACCAAAUUGUACAAGAAAGUAUCUAUUUUUGGCUAAAUAAAUGAGCUGUUGCCACUUUGACUAUAA